ACGUGAUCAACAAGAAGUAAAGAAAAAUUAUAUUUGUUUUUCUAAUUUUUGUUUUUCUGCUUGAUUAAGUGGCAAGUCCGAGCGAUUUUCAACGUUUUCACAAUGCUCUAUCAACUAAUCUAAAAACGAUUAGUGAUAAUGUUACGGAUCUUGAAAAACUUGCUCAAAAGUUAGGUACACCAGAAGAUAGUGAACGAUUACGUGAACGUUAUCACCGUCUUCAAAAUGAAACAAAAAAUAUAAUGCAACAAACAAAUGAUGCUCUGCAAGAACUUAAUAAUGCUCGUGUAUUAACAGAAGCUGAUCAGAGACGUAAAAAAAUGUUAACUGACACUUUACCAAAACAAUAUUUAGCAACGUUAAGUCGUUUUCAACAAGCACAACAUAUUGGUGCACGAAAAGAAAAAGAAAGUCUUGAUCGUGCGCGGGCUAUCUCAUUUCAUCAAUAUGGAACAUUAGAUUCACAAUUAGCUGGUGAUUUUGUUUCUGGUCCAACAUAUGAUCAACUUCAAAGACAAGCUGUUUCAUCUAUUGAACAAGAAGUCGAUAUGAGAGCAUUAAGAGAACGUCAUGAGCAAUUACGUGAACUUGAGAGGAACAUUGUUGAAGUUAAUGAAUUAUUCAAAGAUGUUGCUAAACUUAUCCAUGAUCAAGGCGCUGUUAUAGACUCUAUUGAUGAACAUAUAAUCAAUACGGAAGUGAAAAUAGAACGUGGUACUCGACAUAUAGAAAGCAGCGUUAAACAUCAGAGCGCUGCUCGAUGUAAAAUAAUCAUAUUAGUUACAAUUUUGAUCAUUGUUAUUGCCAUUAUUAUACUUGUUUUGGCUUUAACAUUGAAAAAGUGA